AUGAUUGCCAGUGCGAUGCGGUUCGCUGGCCCGGUUUCUGAACAAAACUUUGCAAAAGCAGAUGCAUGGGCAGAUGCCUCGAUUGGGAUCUUGCUUCCACGUAUCUACCAAGGAUUUGGAGCAUUGCAGCUUAUGAAUGAUGCAGAUGAUGUCCUUGCACUCAUUCGACCUAUAACCGAUGGUGGUCGGUAUGGCUUCCAUACCAUUGAUGAGAACUCAUUUCGUCUACAGCUUCCUUGUGAUCAAGCUAGCUUCCUAGGCAACGAGAGAGUCACCACGGAACCUCUGUUCCCCUGUCCAAACGAUUCGCAAAACAUUGCCAGUAAAAACACUUAUCAUGCGUCCCUCGACAUGUCGGCAUAUCUUCUUCGAACUGCAGCUGCGCGUCGCAGAGCCCUGCAUUUUGCCUUUCGCGCUUCGCACGAGGAAGGGGCCAUUGAAACGAUGACGGCGGAGCUUUCAACUCUCGAGGCAGAUAUUGAAUCAGUCAUCAAAGGUCUUCCGAAACGAUUCCACUUCAACACUGACAAUGUGUGUAUCCACCGAGAUCGACUGACAAUGUUUAUUCUCAUGCAUAUUCUGCGUCACAACCUUUUCAUUGCUCUGGGCCGAGCUGCUCUCCUUAUUCAUCAACGAGAUCCAGCUAGAUCGGAUCUCAUGAUUCAAGUACGACGCAAAAGAAUCUUGCACGCCCUGCCGAUCGCAGGGUUGGUCUCAGAAGGGCUCAGGGCAGGUAUUGCUUUUGAUCCCCAUAUUGGUGUACAUGCAUAUGUUGCCCUGGAAAUUCUUCUUUUUGAGCCACGCCGCUUGGCGGAGACUGAUUCGCAUGUUAAACUCAAAGCACCCGAAAUAACAGAAGCCAUUCCUCAUUUGUUAAUGGUUAUUAGAGAGCUUGCAAGCCGCUCUGACAUCAUGAAUCAUUUGAAGCACAUCGAGGCAGUUCAUCGGCUUCUCCGCUGUGAUUACAAGCAUCUUGUCAAUCAAACCGAUAUCAAUGCAUUUCGAAGUGAGUAUCGCAUAGUUGGUCAAGAUGCUGCGGAGUAUGAUUUUCGUGACUUCCGCUGGGCCAGGUUAGAAAGAAUACUCCGAGGCGCUCAGCCAUCUGCCAAUUAUAAUGGCGAUGAAGUGUUACUCGAGUACAGAACAGGUGCAGAGGCGGUUGUCCCCUCGACAGCCCCGUCUCCACAACUUGAUGCCAUGGAUGUUAAUAGCUCCCUUUCCUCGUCUUGUACAGCAACACAUCCGCCAGAAUCAGAUGUAUGGAGUACCCCUGCUCUUCAAUACGUCAACGAAAGUGGCACAGACCAACAUCUAGUGUCAGACUGGGGAGCAGGAGAUUCUGAGGCUCAAAGGUAUCCUCAUUCUGAUCUUUCGCUUGAUUGGCCCUGGCUGCUGGAGGAGUCGGGACACUUGGGGUAUCAAACUGGAGAUCCUACAAUCUUUUGGAGUCAAUUGGAGCGUAUUUGA